AUGGAUGCUGUCGACGCCACCGACCACUACGAGAUCUAUGCCACCGAGGAGACGCCCUCGCUAUGUGCCAUCGUCAUCGACACCAACCCGCGCGCCUGGGCCGCCCUCAAGGCGGACCUGCCCAUCUCCAAGGCCCUUGCCAAUAUCCUCGUCUUCGUCAACGCCCACCUCGCAUACAGCAGCACAAACCAGGUUGCAUUAAUAGCCUCCCACACCAACCGUGCAGUAUGGCUCUACCCACCCCGUCCAAAGCCAAAGCAGGCACAGGGCAACCGCCAGCAAGACGGCGACAUCGAGAUGACCGACGCCGACGCCCCAUCAACACCACCGCCUAAAAAGCGCAGCGCUGCCACCGCCAACAAGUACCCUCAGUUCGCCCAGAUCGAGUCUUCCAUCCUCGCCUCCCUGCGCGACCUCAUGUCCUCGACUACCGAGGCCGACCUGGCCACCACCACCACCCAGAUCUCCGGCGCCCUGACCCUCGCCCUGUCGCACAUCAACAAGACCUCCGUGCUCCUCUCCGCCAACGACAACGCCGACGCCUCCACGCUCGCCGCCAAGAAGAACGGCGGCUCCACCGCCGCCAACCCCUCCGCCAUGUCCGCCCAGCGCGCCGGUAUGUUGACUGGGCUACACGCUAGGAUUCUUGUCAUUUCUGUGUCCGAAAGCUCUCCGUCGCAGUAUAUACCCACCAUGAACUCCGUCUUCGCCGCCAGUCAUGCCGGCAUCCCGAUCGACAUCCUCUCCCUGCACGGCAGCGCAACCUUCCUCCAGCAGGCGAGCUACAUCACCCGCGGCACCUUCAUGGAGGCCGAGAACCCCCAGGGUCUGCUGACCUACCUCCUCUUCGGCUUUGCCUCCUCCAUCACCUCGGCCACCAGCGUCAUGACCACCACUUCCAACACAGCAGGCCAGACCGGCCCCAAGCACGACGACGAUGACAGCCACGGCGGCGGCGGAGGCGGCGGCGCAGGCUUGAACCAGCUCGUCAGCCCGUCGACGGCGAGCGUCGACUUCCGCGCCGCCUGCUUCUGCCACCGGCGGGUCAUAGACACGGGCUUUGUCUGCAGCAUCUGCCUGUCCAUCUUUUGCGAGGUGCCGCAGGACGCCGAGUGCCUGACAUGCGGCAACAGGCUGUCCCUGGGCAAGUACGGCUCCCGCCCCGCCGUUGUGCCCCGCAAGAAGAAGAAGAAGAGGAAGCUUGGCCUCAAUGGGGAGCCCGUCGGCAGCGAGCAGCCCAGCAGUGCUGUGGGAACUCCGAGGCCGGGUUGA